GAGGGAGAGAGGAGGGGGUGGAGUGGGGGCCGGAGCUGCCGCUGCUGUUGCAAGCAGCGGGAGUGGGGGGCGAGGCGGGGCCAGGGAGAGCGCGUGGGGCUGUGUGUCCCAUUGAAAAGGCGGUCGCACUCCGGACCGUGAGCACUCACUUCAAGCCAGGGAACGUGGAAGGCGCCAGGGGAGGGAGAGCGAGGAAAAAUAAAAGAGAGAGAGAGAAAUUUUAAAAAGGGGGCCGGAGCACGACUGCAAGAAGCGGAGAAGGAGACCUAGCAAGAGAGUGGAGCUCUCCGGGAAGAGAAAGAGGGGACAGGAGGAUAGACAAGGAGAAGCAAGGAGAGAGGAGAGCAGGCAGGCUCCUCACUCGCUUGCCUUUUUUUUUUUUUCUUUUUGCAAGAAGGAGCAGCUAGCGGCAGCCUCACACGCGAGCGCCACGCGAGGCUCCCGAAGCCAACCCGCAAAGGGAGGAGGGGAGGGAGAAGGAGGAGGAGGAGCGGUGGGAGGCGGAGGGAAGACAUUGCCACCUUCCAUUUCCCCCACCCUCAGGAGUCUCCUCUUUUUUUUUUCCUUUUUCUUUCUUCCUUUCUUUUUUUUUUUCUUUUUUCUUUUUUUAAUUUCGCCCCGAACACCUUCUUUUCAGUCCCUUUCCUCUCUUCCUUUGCGUUUGUCUCCGGCGCCUCCGCUUUCCUUCUGCUCCCUCCUCCCCGCGGUAGCCCUCCUCUCCAUCCCUCCCUGUCCCGGCUUCCACAUCUCCUGGCGGCCCAUGGAGAGCCCCUCCAAGAUGGAAAGCACCGGGGUCAGCCAGCAGCCUCCGCCACCGCCGCCGCCGCCGCAGCCCCAGGCGCAGCCACCCCAAUCUCAGCCGCCACAGCCGUUCUUGCAGCCCGCCGCCUGCUUCUUCGCGGCUGCAGCGGCGGCGGCGGCGGCAGCGGCGGCGGCGGCCGCCCAGAGCGCGCAGCAGCAGCAGCAGCCACCGCCGCCGCCGCAGCAGCCGCAGCCCCCGCCGCCGCAGCAGCAGCUGAGCCCGGCCGACGGCCAAGCCUCGGGGGGCGGUCACAAGUCAGCGCCAAAGCAAGUGAAACGGCCGCGCUCCUCGUCGCCCGAGCUGAUGCGCUGCAAGCGGCGCCUCAACUUCAGCGGCUUCGGCUACAGCCUGCCCCAGCAGCAGCCGGCCGCCGUGGCCCGGCGCAACGAGCGCGAGCGCAACCGCGUCAAGCUGGUCAACCUGGGCUUCGCCACGCUGCGGGAGCACGUCCCCAACGGCGCGGCCAACAAGAAGAUGAGCAAGGUCGAAACUCUGCGUUCGGCCGUCGAGUACAUCCGCGCGCUGCAGCAGCUCCUGGACGAGCACGACGCCGUGAGCGCUGCCUUCCAGGCGGGCGUCCUGUCGCCCACCAUCUCUCCCAACUACUCCAACGACUUGAACUCAAUGGCCGGCUCCCCGGUCUCGUCCUACUCGUCCGACGAAGGCUCCUACGACCCACUCAGUCCAGAGGAACAAGAACUUCUGGACUUUACAAACUGGUUCUGAACGCCUUCUGCAGCCCAGGCCCGAGGGAAAGGCAACUUUUGGAGCAGGGUGACCGGAGAGAACCUGCCUCUUUAGCAUUUUAUUUUCUCCGCCAGAGACACUGGGAGGAAGAAGAUGAAAUCGGCUCCCCUUCCCCCAAACAGACAAAAAAAAAAAAAAACAAAAACAA